AUGAUUCCGGGUUCAGUCCCACAGAUGGUGAAAUAUGGACAGCUGAUCCCAACUGUGAGCCCUAGAGAACUGGCCCCAGAACUUCAACUGCAGAUUGCAACAUCUAAUGAGUUGGCUCCUAUUUCACAGCUGGAAAGUGGGAUUUCUGUGCAGUUAGCCCCAGGGUCUCAGCUUCAAGAAUGUAGAAAUGUGAUUCCUGAAACACAGGUGGAAAGUAUGAAAUAUGAGGAGCCAAUCUCAGGGGCACACAUUCAAGCAGUAAAAUCUGCAGAGCUGAACCUCAAGCCAAAUCAUCAAGCCACAGAACCUGAAGGAUUAACCCGAUGGCAUCAAGCUUUGGAAUCUUCAGGAAUGAUCCCCGAGCCAGGAUAUCCAGGAGCAGAAGUAGAGUUGACUUCCGACCCUUGUCACCACAGGAAAGAAUCUCUGGAGUUGACACAAUCAUCUUUAAGAAGUACUCCAGGGCCACUGAACCAGACUUCAGAAUCUAUGCAGGUGAACUCAGUGCCAUUCCAAGGUGCUCUUGAGACAAUGCUCCAAGGCAUAAAAGCCUUGGACACGCGAAUGCCUCAACACAUAAUACAAGAAUAUCCAGAGUUAGUACCAGGAUCAGAGAUGCAAGGAAUGAAUCCAGAAGUGUUGAACCCAGAGUCCCAAAGGCCACCACUUCAGAUUGUAAAAUCUGAGGAUUUAGCACCACUACCCAUUCCUCAGAUUGUAGAACCAAUAGGAGUCUCCUUAGGAUCAGCUACUGAAGUAAUGGAUUGUUUGGAUUUCUUCCCAAGGCCACAUCUUCAAGAAAUGGUAGAACCUGUAGAACUAACUAUGAGGCCAAAUACCGAAGAGAAAUCUUCAGAAUCACUCUCACAGCCAGCAUUUUCUUUGGAGGAAUCGGCAGUGUUCACUCAUGAACAAGGGCUUCAGGCUGUGAAAGGAAUGGGGAUAAAAACAGGGCCUCCUCAAAUCAUGGAAUGUGAGGAUUUGAAUCUAAUUUUAAUUGCUGUCAUAAAUUACAGGGCACUUUGGAGCCUUACCUUCUUACAGCUCUACCUUGUAAGCACUCCUGAAAACCACGGAGAGAUUAAGGUGAGUUUUGGCUUUAGGUUGCAAACUAGGAAAAGAUCCCAAGUCCCAAAGUACCACAGAAGAGACAGAUCCAACACACUAAGGAGUUCUAUAUCACCAUCACCAAGAAAAGCUAAAGUCUAUACUCGAACUUCCAAGAGUCCUACUUCUACAAUGCAUUUCCAGUCCAUAUCUUCCCAGUCUCCUGCUCCUGCACAAGUCCACAACAGGCAAAGAUAGUAUAGGAGCCCUGCCCUAGCAGGAAAGAUGACAAUUGGAGGGCUAGGGCACUAUGAGUUUACUCAAGUUCAUUCUCUACCAGAGAGUGACUUUGAAAGCAAUAAGGAUGAAACAUGGGCUAAAAGGAGAAUAAAAAAGACCCGUAGUUCAAAAUACCCAAAGAAAAGGAUCACUACGGGAGGCAGAAGAUAAAACACAAAGUUCUACACAAAUGGUAGAACCACAAUAUGGAGUUCUUCUCGAUUACAAGAACAGUUAAGAGGGAAGAGGAAUGGAGCAUCUCAGACGACUACUGCCUCUUCGAAAAGACAACCUAAGAAAUCCUCCCAACCCAAAUUCAUUCAACUGUUUUUUCAAGGCCUAAAGCAAGCAUUCCAGAGAGCACGAAGAAUAAUGGCUUUUGCUGGACAGAAGCCUGAGGACAGGUCAAGGCCAGACCAUUUGUGUUCAAGCAAAAACCACCAUCCAAAACGAAAAGCCAGAGAUGAUUCCUCAUCAAGAGAUAUCAAAAGAGAUAGGAUGUCAGUUGGUAAGCUAAAGCCAACAGACAUAACCACUAAGCAGGAGAAGAUGUUAUGGGAAGAAAUACAGCAAUUCAGAUCAGCUCAUCAACCAAAAAGAAGUAGCUCUUUCCAACGUAGACAUACCCAACGACCCAAGCCCAUAGUUUCCCAAAGAAGUGCUAUUUUCAAAACCACUUCAGUCGGACAGGCUGUGGUCAUUGUUCAAAACAACAAGAGCAGCAAAGAUAAGAGAAACUCCUACAGAUGUGAAAUCUCUAGCCAGGAGUCCAAGAGCUCCAAAAUAGGAACCAGAGUUCAAGCCAGAGGGAGAAAUCUACAUGGUUCCCUUAAGAGAACCUCACACAGUCACCUUACAGAGAAACUCACACCCAAGAAGCGAAACCCCCAUAGCUUUGUAAGGGAGAGAACCCCAAGUAAUUCCUCUGAAAGCCAUUGCAGUCCCUCCGAGAGGCGCCAUCGAAGUCAUCCUCGGAGGAGACAUCACAGUUCCUCUGAAAGGAGCCAUCAGAGUCCCUGUGAGAGGAGAUGUCUCUUUCAGAAAACUCAUCACAGUCCCUUAGAGGUGAGAGGACACAGCCCUUCUGAGAGAAGACAGCACAGGACCUCUGAGAGGAGUGGUCGCAGUUCCUGAGAACUCACUGUAGUCCCUCUUAAAGAAGUGGACGCAGUCUGUGUGAGGGGAACAGCCACAGUCAUUCUGAGCAGAGCCAACAGAGCCACUUUGAAAGGGGCCAGUACAGUUGGUGUGGGAAAACCCAUCUCAGUCCCUCUGUGAGAACCCAUCACAGUCCCGCUAAGGAGAGACUCCAACACAGCUGCCCCAGGAAGAGGCUCAGACAUGGUCUGUCUGAAGAUUGCAAGGGCAAUCUCCUGGGGACCACACACAAAAUACUCCAAAACAGGCCAAGUUUAGAGGCCUGAAGCUAACAGAUGAGAAGAGAUUCGUCCCCAUUAUUCACUGACUGGCUCAAGCCUUCACCAACCUGCCUCUUUUCUGGCUUCUUUCCUGCUCAGCCACUGCCUUGGAUACCGGCACCCUCAGCAAUCAAAGAGCCUCUGUGCCUCUCUACCUGGGGGGAGGAAGGGCGGGAAUGGGUCUGUCAUUUCUCUAACAUAAAUAAAGGGGCAAUAAUUGA